AUGGCCGUGAGGGUAACCACGUUAGACCCGGGUGUAUAUAGCACAACUGAAGUGGUUGAAACCGGGAAAUCGUUCGGGGGUUGCCAGAGGUGCAGAGCUGAGUUGGGUGAGGGUGGAAAACCGCUGUGGAGCUUGCAGAUGAAAAGAGUUGAAUCGGGAAACCGCCAUUCCAGCUUCCACGGGGUUAAUGAUGAUCAUGAAGGGGUUGUGACUGCUUUUCCAGGGCCGAAUCGAGAGGGCGAAAUGCCGUUGGCAAUAAACUUGAAACAUUUAGUGACAUGA